AGUGUGUGUGCAUUGCACUUCGUUGCUGGAUCAGUUUCUAAAUAUGAUAUAAACUUAUAUUAAAUUAAUAUGUAUGAUGCUGGUAUAAAAUUAAUAAUGCAUAAAAAAAGAGCGCAUGUGAUGAUUCGAAACUACGCCUGUGAAUACCUCAAUACCACUGCUGUCAACACAAGCACACACUCAAACAAGCCGGCGGGUGAAAAUGUUGUUCUACUCUUUCUUCAAAUCUCUCGUGGGAAAAGAUGUUGUUGUGGAGCUGAAAAACGACUUGAGUAUAUGCGGUACGCUGCAUUCAGUGGACCAAUACCUGAAUAUCAAGCUCACAGACAUCAGCGUCACGGACACGGAGAAGUACCCCCACAUGCUCUCCGUAAAGAACUGCUUCAUCCGUGGUUCCGUGGUUCGUUACGUGCAACUUCCUGCGGACGAAGUUGACACACAGUUGCUUCAAGAUGCAGCAAGAAAGGAGGCAACGCAAAGUAAGCCUUGAUGAGCGUGCUUCGAGAAGCUGCCAUUUUGCAACCAGACUUUCUCAUCAGCAAUGCAUUCUCGAGGCUAAGAGACUGUGGGCUUCUCUUUUGUACAUAUCCCAUAAGAAUGUAAUUUAAUACGGUUUGGAUUAUUGACACCAUUUUGUUUAAGAGCUGCUGUGGAUGUCUUGUGAGCACAAGACGAAAACAGUGUGAAUCUUUGAGCAUCGAUUAAUAAACCAAACUGUCGAGACA